AUGGACUACCUGAGGACGUUAGGCUCAGCUGCCGUAUCGACGCUGGUGCAAAAAUCAGGUCUCAAUUUACCAUUUACGCUUGGUGCUAAAGUUGCGACAUUCGACACAAUCUAUACCCUUUAUGAUGGUACCAAACGGGACGACGGAUCGCCUGUUUCUAUAUUUGAAUACGAACUCAGUGGACGUAAUACACGCGCUUUGGCUCAGAAUGCCCUCCGUAAACUGCGAACAACGCGACAUCCCGACGUUCUGAAAUUCAUGGACGUCGUUGAAACAGAUUCCACAAUCCAUAUCAUGACGGAACGAGUGCGCCCAUUGCAAUCUGCUCUUUCCUCUUGGUCGACUAAGACCGAGCAAGAACGUCAAGACUGGCUCUUGUGGGGCUUGCAUCCAUUGACAUUCUUGAAUGACCCUUGCUCCUCCACUCACGGUGCAUUCAAUACCAAUGCGAUCUUCAUUUCACCGUCUGGAGAAUGGAAACUGGGGGGAUUCGAACUCUUGAGCAAUCCAAAGGACGACGCAGCCGUUCUCUAUACUUCGGCCUCCUUGCUUCCAGGAUCUAUGAACACAGCACCACCUGAAGUCAAGAAGUCCGGAUGGUCGACACUCAAGCAGCACGAUGUCGCCGCCGCUGAUGCAUAUGCCCUGGGUCUACUGUUGCAUACUUUGUUUAACCCAAGCCAUCCGCCUCCGGCGACAGCCCAACCACCGCACCCGCCUCCGCCGGCGUCGUCUCGCGGAUCAAUUCCAUUGCCUAUAUUCCCUCUUUUCAAGAAGUUAUUGACUCCCAACCCAGCCACAAGAGCUACCCCGAAGCAUUUCCUCGAAGUCGGAAUGACAGACGGAGGCUUCUUUGCCAACAAUCCACUGGUGAAGAUAUGCCUGGGGCUCGAUAACUUUGCAAUCGCCAGUGAAUCGGAGAAGGCAACGUUCCUUCGAACACUCAACGAAUCAGCAGCAUCGUUCCCCCAGGAACUUGCCUCAAAAAAAAUACUCCCUUCCCUUCUCUCGGCGCUGGAAUUCGGCGGUGCAUCUGCAGCCGCAAUACUUCCGUUGGUCCUUCAAUUUGGAGCCAACGUUUCUCCAGAGGAGUACACAAAGACGAUCGUUGACCCUAUUGUGAAGCUGUACAGCAGUCCUGACCGCGGAACAAGAAUGGCAUUGCUUGACCACCUCCCUCAGUACAUCGAUAAACUGGACAAGAAGACCGUCUCAGACAAGAUUUUCCCCCACUUGCAAACUGGUUUCGCUGAUACUGUAGCGGUUAUCCGCGAAGCUACAGUCAGGUCUAUCAGCUCCUUUGCUCCCAAGCUUACGGAGCGUAUCCUGAAUAACGAUUUGCUUCGACUGCUUGCAAAGAUGCAGGUUGACCCUGAACCAUCCAUUAGGACCAAUACUUGUAUUUUGCUUGGAAGGUUGGGUCCGACCUUGGGAUAUAACACGAAGAAAAAGGUUCUUGUACCUGCCUUCUCGCGUGCCCUAAAGGACUCAUUUGUCCAUGCUCGUGUCGCGGCUCUCAUGGCAUUUACGGCCACCAUCGACUGCUUUGAGAUCGAAGAUCUGGCAACGAAGGUCAUUCCGAACAUGUCCUUUGCCUUAAUCGAUAGGGAGAAGGUUGUGAGAGACCAGGCGUUCAAGACACUGGAUCUGUAUGUCAAAAAGCUUGAGGCCCAUGCGGCUACACUGCCCGAGACGGCUAAUACAGACGGUCCUCCCAAUCUUCCUGAACUGAACACAACUUCCUCAACGGCCAUUAUUAACUCGGCUGCUGGUGCAGCGACGACUCUAGCUGGUUGGGCCAUCACCUCCUUGGGCAAACAGCUUGCAGCAUCGGACAUGCAGACAACCAUUGACACCACUUCGAAUCCGCUUGAUUCACCCGCCCUCACCGCUAAGCCACCUGUUCCAUUGGCUACACGACCCGCCUUAUCGCAAACCCCGUCCAGCUCGUCGACGAAAGCCAAACCACUUCAACUGGGGGGGAUGAAAUCUCCGAACUCUGCCUUUAACCUGGGGGACCAACUCGCGGAAGAGUUUGCGGCCAGUGAGACCGCUUCUUCAUGGGGCGGGGACUUGAUGGAUGUUAAUGCAGACGACGAUGACUGGAGUAUGUGUUCGGGAUCCCUAAUCAGAAUAUCACUAAUCGAUAUCCAAGGUGCCUUUGAGACUGCUCAAGCUCCUCCAGUAGAAGCUCCCUCGACUCCUGCAACACCCGCCCCUGUCACACAACUGAAAGUCAAGGCUCCACGUCCUUCGUCGUUACACAGGUCUUCAUCGCCUCGGAUACCAACCUCGGCUAGAGCACCCUCGGGGGUUACGUCGAGGUCUAUGACGCCGGACCAAGCUUGGGACUCACAAGGAGAAUGGGUGGAAGCCCCAAGCGCAAAGCCAUCUGCUCCACCGACGCCAAGCGUGAGUAGCACAGGUAGCAGCACACCAAUGACCAAGGAAGAGAAAGCGGCUGAGAUGGCGAGACGUAAGGAAGAACGGAGACAGCGUAUUGCUAUGUUAAAGGAGCAGAAGAAAUUGGCGGCGGCUGGGGCUUAG